AUGGAUUAUCGUCACCAGUUUGAAGAGGUUGCCGCGUUGAUGUUGGGGGAGCUUGAGGAGGUCUUGACGGCGGUGUUCUUGAAUGGAUUAAAGCCUGAGAUUCGGGCUGAAAUAAAACUCCAACAGCCCAAUUUAAAAUUCGUAAACGGUUAUGGCAAGAUUGCACUACCUUUGACCAAUCUCCUCCGCAAGGAUGCCUUCCAUUGGAUAGAAUCAUCUCAAAAAGCAUUUGAAGAACUUAAACAAGUCAUUACCACGGUACCUGUCUUAUCAAUGCCCAAUUUCUCUAAGACAUUUAUCAUUGAAACAGACGCAUCGAGGCAAGGAAUCGACGCUGUGCUAAUGCAAGAGGGCAGACUGCUGGCAUUCCUUAGUUAG